ACUUUUUCUCUUAGUGUCCAAAGGAUAUAUCCACAGACAUGUUUGCCCGUCUUUGUAGGCGCUUUGGGAGAGCUGAUGUUGAUAGAGAAGAGUCUAGAGUGAAGCAAACGAAACCUAAAGAGGCCUGCAGACAGACGUCAUCCCCUGAAAAUGUCCAAAACAAGGUGCAGGCCAAUGAGGAAGAGGAGAGGCUGAAUAGAGAACUGGAGCUAACUACCAAGGAGAGAAAUGAGCUGACAGAUCGCCUCCUUUAUGUGACAGGUGGAUCCAUGAGCAAGAGCCCGUACUUCAGGCCAAAUCCAUUUUAUGAAAACUUGAAGAUAAAGGAGAAACAGGUCAUGUCAUUACUGCACAACUUAGACACAAAGAACAUUGAACAUCGUGAGAAAUUUCAGGAGCUCAAGAAGGAGAUUAACUUCUAUCGCAACCUGCACAGCCGGCUCCUGAUGGACCAGGCAUGUAUGAAGAAGAAGUUGGUCACAUUGAAGCAGGAGUGCAAGGAGUUACAGCGAUAUUUGUUUGAGUUGAACCCGAAUGAUGAAGACGAACAGGAGAAGACCAGCAACCUCCAGACCCAGCAAAAUGUGGUAGGAACAAGCAGCUGAGUCAGAUUAACAAUGUCUGAUACCAUUUGCCUAUUGGAUACAUCUUUGCUUCCCCUAUCACCUUUCUAAUCUCCCCACACCCAGUCAGUCACCCACCUCAUGUGAUAGAGUUAUUCAUUGCUCUGUCUAUGCACAAGUAUUCUGGGAUGUUAACCACUCUUCAGAAACUGAAUUAUGGGCAAUUAUACUUCUCUGCCCUUUUUGAAACUGCAAUCCAGAAAUGGUGACAGAGGAAUAACAUAUCACAUGACUGAAGGCAGCAACUUGACAGCUGGUAUGCGUGUCCCCACCACAUCCGUGUCUUAAUAGCUGCCUUCUUCUCCCAGGUCUCAGGAACUGCAGGAGACAUGGAAUAGGACGGAUCCCAGGAAGACAGCCCCCUGAAGAAUGAGUUUCUCUCUCAGGAGUUCCCUGUGACGACAAUCCUCACAGUCAAAGACUUUUUGUGGGUGAAUAUUCUUCUUCUCAGAUAAUUUCCUCAAUGUAUAGAGACCCUACAUUUAUGUAUCCGUAUGCCAGCCUGUCUGGUUGAGGUCUUUCUCCUCUCUCAUACCGACAACACCAUUUGAGAGACAACUGAGGGGACUGCCUUGACAUCUCACGUCCUAGAGGAGAAACAGCACUACAACUGUGUUUCUAAAUGUUCAUUAAGAAAAUGCUGUUAAGAAAUGUUUUUGGUUAUGAUUUUCAUUGAAGUUUUCUUUUUGUUAUUUCAUAGUUAUAUAUUCUUGUUACUGUUUUUCAUUUUAUACCAUUUUAGGUAUUCAUUUUAUUCCUGUUUUUUGUAAAUUGUACUCCUUAUGAAUAAAAAUUGAUUUGAAACUCUUGACUCUUAAGACCAUCUUAUUCAAGGGUCCUUUCCCCUCCUGUAGACUUAGAACUGACAGCUGGAUAUGGAUCUUUGCAUGGACCAGGCAGCAUGGGUAAAUAGGGAAUUCAAAGCCACCAAGGGGUACACAGGGUGAUAGUG